UAUGUGUUAUUCAGGUUCCCGUGCGGCUGUCGGGGGUUUCGGUGGUCAGCGAUCUAAGCCCGAAAUAAAACGCACUAUGGGUCGGCCAUUCCUCGCCAGUCAGCUCCCCUAAAUGCGCUGCAAACGCCGAAAAGACUGUUAUCGGGGUUUUAUGGAGCAACCCAACCGAAAUCCGGAGAGUUUGCAGGGUUUUCAUGUGUUUUUGCAGGCACUGGCCAGGGGUGCGGCCUAGCAGAGACCGCGGAUCGGUCGGAGGAUUUACGGCCUUCAGAAAAUCACUAUAACGUUAAGCCUUUUCUUGAUUGAACUUCUAUCCCUGAGAAUAAACAUGGAUGGAAUCCACUUCUGAAAAAGGGGCUGUACCAAGGUGAUGAAGAAGGUCAAGGUCAUUUGCACUUGAUGCUCACAUCCGUGUCAGUUCUCUGUUUAUAGCUACUUCCUUUCCCAUCCGGAGCAGUCCAACAAUCCCUUCCCCCUGAAUUCAUCCAGAAAGCGGUCCAACUACGGCUCAAAGCUGAAUCCAUACACCCGAGCACGUAUGACGGAGGCGUGGCAGCAGCAUGCUGUUGCCCCGCCUCCAGUCGUGCACACCAUCCCACCAGGGGCGGACACACUGGGCUGCACCGUCUACGGCAUCGUCCUCCAGCCGGACGCGGCAUUGCAACAAUCCCAGCAGCAGCAACAACAACAACAACAGCAGCAACAACAGCAGCAGCAUCACAGUCAGCAGCAGCAUCCGGCACAAGCGCAGCAGUCCUCCUUGCAUGUAGGGAGCGAGGGAGGACACAAGUGUGGUGCAUGUGGCCAUGACAUCUCCCAUCUGGCUAAUCCACAUGAGCACCAGUGCAUGGUGAGCCAAGAUCGUUCGUUUCAGUGCACGCAGUGUCUGAAAAUCUUCCACCAAGCCACCGACCUGUUGGAGCACCAGUGUGUGCAGGUGGAGCAGAAACCUUUUGUGUGCGGAGUGUGCAAGAUGGGCUUUUCGCUGCUAACUUCUCUAGCGCAGCAUCACAAUGCCCAUAACAGCGGAAACCCCAUGAAGUGCUCCAUAUGUGAAAAAACGUAUCGACCGGGUUCUGGAAAUGCCACACCAACUUCGUCAACGGCCAACCCAGGGCAACCAUCCAACGAUGAAGCAUCGUCUAGUGGCAGCGCUGCCGUCGGGACAUCAGGCCAGCCUACAUUUGAGCCUUCGCAACCUGACAAGCCGUACAAGUGUUCGGUGUGCUCCAAGGGCUUCCGUCACUUAUCCGAGCUCACACGUCACGAACGCGUCCACACAGGCGAGAAGCCGUUUAAAUGUGAAACAUGCGACAAAAGCUUCAGCCAGUCCUCUCAUCUUGCCCACCACCAGCGUACCCACAGCUCCGAACGACCAUUCAAGUGUGCGGUGUGCGAGAAGAGCUUCAAGCACCGCUCCCACCUAGUCCGUCACAUGUAUGCCCACUCGGGUGAGCACCUUUUUAAGUGCAACCUCUGCGAGUUGCACUUCAAAGAGUCUUCCGAGCUCCUCCACCACCAGUGUCAGCCGCAAGGUGCUCGGCCGUUUCGCUGCGCCACAUGUGGGAAGGGCUUCAAGCGUCCGUCCGACCUGAGACAGCACGAACGCACCCACUCGGAGGAACGCCCGUUCCACUGUGAAGACUGCCAGAUGAGCUUUAAACAACAGUACGCCCUGGUGCGCCACCGACGCACACACAAGGCCUCUGCCGACCGCCCCUUCAAAUGCAACCUGUGCGACAAGGGCUUCCUGCAGCCGUCCCACCUGUUAUACCACCAGCACGUUCAUGGCAUGGACAACCUCUUCAAGUGCGCCUCCUGCGGCAAGGGCUUCAGUCAGUCUGGAGAGUUGCUACGUCACAAAUGUGGUGAGGCCUCCUCGACACCCACAAAUCCAGACAAGCCCUACAAGUGUGACGUGUGCGGAAAGGCUUACAAAAAGGCCACCACGCUCCAGCGCCAUCAGAAUUCCCACUGCACCGAGAAGCCUCUCAAAUGCUCGCUGUGUGACCGACGCUUCCUGUCCUCCUCAGAGUUCGUGCAGCACCGAUGCGACCCAAGCCGUGAGAAGCCCUUGAAGUGUCCUGACUGCGAGAAGCGCUUCAAGUACUCCUCGGAGAUGCAGCGACACAGGCGCGUCCACACCGGAGAGAAGCCCUACAAGUGUGCAAGUUGCGACAAGGGUUUCAAGCAGCGUGAACACCUGGCCAAGCAUCAAAGCGUGCAUGCGAGAGAUGCCCAGUUUAAAUGUGUAUGGUGCGGAGAGCGUUUCGCUGAUCUAGGAGCCCUUCAAGAGCAUACUGUCCAGCACACGGCUGAAGGUGGCGGGUACCCUGUGUCUUCUCUCAUUCAGUAACUUGUGUCCCCGAUUACAUUCACAGAGGUUUUAGGAAUCUCAGCAAACUUUCCCAGUCAAAAAUAAUUUUUACAAGGCCCAGUAACCUCAUAAUACCUCAUUUUGUUCUAAACAUGCAUAUACUCAACAAGUAGUUAUUCCCUUUUUGAUGUCUAGAGGCAUCAUUUAAUUGGGUUUGAUUGGCAAACAAAGAUGAAUCCU